AUGAACCACUCUGUGAUCAACGUUAUCCCGGCAAAUGAGGUGGACUUUGAAGCUCUUCUCACUUAUGACACCUCUAUCAAUGUAUUUCAAAGGAAAAAGUUCUUGAAAGCGUGGCUGGCAAAGCCGUCGGCCAUGUCGUUUGCAGCACUCACAGAUGGCGGAGAGGUCGUGGGUUAUGGGCAGAAAUACUCUGAAUACACAAAAAAAAAAACUUGGCAUGAUUUCAUAAUUAAACUGUUUUCUUAUAUCACAUCUCUAUCCUUACUCUCUUGUCUUCAAGGGGGUCUAUGCUAUUUUCAGAAACAUUUCCAUUUUCUUGUUUUUCAUUUCAGAGGCAGGCUUCACGACUUGUUUGCACUAAUUGAAGAUGAAUAUGAGAAGCUUUAUGUAGAAAACCAGACGUUACAUGAAAAACUGGAACACUAUCGCAGCACGGCCGGGGACAAGGCGGAGGGGGUCGACUCUGGAGAUGGAACAAAGGCUCCUAAAAAAUCUUCCAGUCAAAUCUCUCAGAAGAUAAAAGACACAUACAAGACAUCAACAAGCAGAAUUGUUUCUACAUUCAAAAACCAAUCUGCUGGCAGCCAUUUUGUCCGCGAGUUUUCUGGUCAUGGCGACGGUGUAUGGGACGUCAGUGUCUCCAAACUACAUCAGGUGACGAUAGUUGGAACGUCAUCAGCAGAUGGUGCUGCAAAACUAUGGUCUUCAGAAACAGGAGAGUGUGUGACUAAUUACUUUGGCCACAAAGGCUCAGUGAACUCCCUGCGUUUUCAUCCUAGUCAGGACCACGUAGUUACUGCGUCAGGGGACCAGACAGCACACGUGUGGAAGGCGCAAAUUAGCCUGCCUUUAGAGAAAAGGGCACCAUCUGACGAUGAGCUGGAGCUCUCGGAAAAGGAGGAAUUGGAUGCUUCGGAUGAAUACCACAUGUUUGAUGCUAAUGUGAUCCGUGUACCACAGACAGAUCUCACAGGUCACAGCAAUGUGGUGGUGGCAGCUGAUUGGAUGGCUGGGGGUCGAGAGGUCAUCACAGCAUCAUGGGAUAGAACCGCCAUCUUGUAUGAUGUGGACACAGGCGCUAUACUCAAUACUCUUCAAGGCCAUGAGAAGGAACUGACCAAUGUGUGCACCCACCCAGUCCAGAAACUAGUGGUCACCUCCUCCAAGGACACCACUUUCAGACUGUGGGACUUCAGGAAUCCCUCCAUGCAGCUGAAUGUCUUCCAGGGACAUACAGAACCUGUGACUACUGCAGUCUUUGUUGCUGCAGAUAAGAUUGUGUCCGGGAGUGAUGACAGAUCCGUGAAGAUUUGGGACCUGAAGAACAUGAGAUCCCCCAUGGAGACUAUCAGGACAGAUGCUCCUGUAAACAGGUUAGCUGUGUCCCCCAGUCACCAGAUCCUGGCCAUUCCACAGGACAACCGACACAUCCGGCUGUAUGACAUCAACGGGGUCAGACUGGGAAGACUGCCCAGGAGUAACAGAGUUGGUCACAGCAGGAUGGUAUGUGCUGCAGCAUGGGAUGAAGACAGUCCUACAUGUAACUUGUUCACCUGUGGCUUUGAUCGCCUUGUGUUGGGUUGGUAUGUCAACCCCCAGAGGAAAGACGCAAAGGAUGAAAAAUGAGAAAAAAACUAACUUAAAGAUAAUUGUCUCCAAGUAUUGGAACCCUAAGAGGAAAUGUGCCAAGGAUGGAUAUUUAGGUUAUUGUCAAAGUAUUUCAAAUCUGGGAAAGAUGCCAAGAAUAAAGACUAAGAUGUAAAUUGACAAACUUCACUAAGGUGUAGGCUAAAACUUUUGAGAAUGUUAAGGCUGAGAAAUUGACUGGCUGGACAAUUUGGGAAAAGUUGCUGCAUUUCUUUCCAUUUUUGGUUCUCUUUCUCUC